CCUCCACAAUUUCAUCCUCACAAAUUAAUCACUUUUUUCUUAGAAAGCUGUCUACUUCCUUCCCGUCUAAACGCAAUAUUUUUGCGCCUUUCAGUAAACACAAACGGAGUUUUUGAAUACUACGAAAGAAUGCCUCACGGACACAAAGUGCGUAUUCAAUGCCUUCGCGGAUUUACUAUUGUCGGGGAGGAAUUGAGCGAGUGUUUUAGAGGAAGAUUGCUUCAGCAAUUGGGGCAGUGUGUUCCAAAACCCUGCUCCUUAAACUCAACAUCAUUACAACACGGAGACACAGCAAAGUUGAUAUGCCCAAAACAACUCCCAGAAAAAAUAAAAUGCCAAUUUGGGCAAAUAUUUAAGGAUUCGAAUAAUUUAGAAAUAUUUUUGACCAAAAAUUGUUUUGUGGUGGAAAAUUUUGUCUCCCCCUUAAAUUCCAAUUCUUGCCCAGCCCCAUAUCACGGAACUACUUUAGCCUCUAUACAAUUAGCAAACGAAAGUCUUGAACAUUUUCUGCCCUCGUAUCCGGAAGGGACGAUUAUUCGAUAUUUGUGUGAAGUGAACAAAUCGUUGAUGGAAUAUAAUGAAGCGGCAGCUAUACAGGCAAAGUUUAUAUGUUAG